CCCAACCCCCUGGCCCCAUCUAGUCCCUUCCCACGCUAAAGGCUACUUCCUCUUGAGGCAAACGGGAAGCCUUAACAAUCUCAAUACCGAAGCUCCUGGCUCCGCUUGCCUCUGCCUGGACUAUGCCUGACUCUCUCAUCAGAGAAGGGUGGUGGAGGCGCGAGAAGGGAGCUCUCGCAGGGCAAAGUGGGGCAAACCGGCCACACUUCCGUCUUCUGGGCUCCGGAAGGUAGCGCGCACGCGCUCGUUGCGACUUCGGCUCGGUUGACUUCCGCUCCCACUGUGCCCUGCGAGCCGAAUCAUGGAUCACACUGACAAUGAGUUACAAGGCACUAAUAGUUCUGGAUCAUUGGGUGGUCUUGAUGUUCGCAGACGAAUUCCUAUAAAACUCAUCUCCAAACAAGCAAACAAAGCCAAACCUGCACCUCGAACUCAAAGGACUAUAAACAGGAUGCCUGCAAAGGCUCCACCUGGUGAUGAAGAAGGAUUUGAUUAUAAUGAAGAAGAGCGGUAUGACUGUAAAGGGGGCGAACUGUUUGGAAAUCAGCGAAGAUUUCCUGGACACCUUUUUUGGGACUUUAAGAUCAACAUCUUAGGUGAAAAGGAUGAUACACCAGUUCAUUUCUGUGACAAAUGUGGAUUGCCUAUUAAAAUCUAUGGACGAAUGAUUCCAUGCAAGCAUGUUUUUUGCUAUGACUGUGCUAUUUUACAUGAAAAAAAAGGAGAUAAGAUGUGUCCAGGCUGUAGUGAUCCUGUGCAGCGAAUUGAACAGUGUACACGAGGUUCUCUCUUCAUGUGUAGCAUUGUUCAAGGGUGCAAGAGAACGUAUUUGUCUCAGAGAGACUUACAGGCUCAUAUCAACCAUCGCCAUAUGAGAGCUGGAAAACCUGUUACCCGUGCUUCACUUGAAAAUGUUCAUCCUCCUAUUGCCCCACCACCAACCGACAUCCCUGAUCGUUUUAUAAUGCCACCAGACAAGCACCAUAUGAGUCAUAUUCCGCCAAAGCAGCACAUCAUGAUGCCACCACCUCCUUUGCAACAUGUGCCUCAUGAGCACUAUAAUCAGCCACAUGAGGAUAUUCGUGCUCCUCCAGCAGAAUUGUCCAUGGCUCCACCUCCACCUCGCUCGGUCAGUCAGGAAACCUUUCGCAUUUCAACAAGAAAACACAGCAAUUUAAUAACUGUCCCUAUUCAGGAUGACUCAAAUUCAGGUGCUAGAGAACCACCACCUCCUGCCCCAGCACCUGCUCACCAUCAUCCUGAAUAUCAGGGUCAACCAGUGGUAUCGCACCCUCAUCAUAUUAUGCCUCCACAACAACAUUAUGCACCACCCCCACCUCCUCCACCACCAAUAAGCCAUCCAAUGCCACAUCCUCCCCAGGCUGCAGGUACUCCUCACUUGGUGUAUAGCCAAGCUCCACCUCCACCAAUGACCUCUGCUCCACCACCAAUAACCCCUCCCCCUGGACAUAUUAUUGCCCAGAUGCCACCUUAUAUGAAUCAUCCUCCUCCAGGACCUCCCCCACCUCAACAUGGUGGUCCACCUGUAACUGCUCCCCCUCCUCACCAUUAUAAUCCAAAUUCUUUACCCCAAUUUACUGAAGAUCAAGGAACUCUGAGCCCUCCAUUUACACAACCAGGGGGAAUGAGUCCUGGUAUAUGGCCUGCACCAAGAGGGCCACCUCCUCCUCCACGAAUGCAGGGUCCGCCUUCUCAAACCCCACUUCCUGGACCACAUCAUCCAGAUCAGACAAGAUACAGACCUUAUUACCAAUGAUAAUAGUAUUUUGAACUGAAGAUAUGAUGAGGAAAAAAAACUUAACGUGUAGUCAAUCUUUUAAUUAAGCUUUGACUGUUUGGGGAAGGAAAAGUACCUCUGAGGUGACUAUAAAAAACACGUAGGGUCUUGUCUCUAAAAUGGUUUUAAAUCUUGACCUUAGGAUUGAUUUCAAGUACUAUGCUAUAGUGCAGAUGAGUUGCUCAGUUGAGCACAGCUAUAUUUUAACAACUUUGUUCCCUAGGUGGUAAAUUGACCCAGAAGAGACCAUUUGUAAGAAAAAAAUUUUUUUUGAAAAAAAAAUUUUCAUUGUUCCACUUUCAAAAGUAUUGCUUUUGUUAAACCCAAUGUUUAGUUUUUCUUGUGAUACAUUUUUGUUAACCUGUGUAAAAGGAUUAAAUUUCAAUAUGGUUGUAAAAAUGCUAUUUUUAUGUGAAUUUAAGUGCAGCCACAUACUGUUUUAUAAAACCAUAUGUUUUACCACUAAUUUCCCAAAGUUACAAUAAAAUCCUAGAAGUAAAAAUUUGCUAGAAUUUGCUAUAAGGGCAGACUGUUAAAUGAUAGAGAAUUAUUUCACAUUUUAGGCACUGAAAUUUUGCGAUAUCGUAAGUAUGUAAUACACUUCACUUGGAUGCCUUUUUAUGUUUAGGCAGCCUCAGGAGCACCAAAAUACAUUGGAAUUCCAAUACUAAGAUAUAUUUAUGUUUGUAAUAUUAAAAAAUAUUCUAAUUAUUUGAAAAGAUAUGGCCAAAGGAUUCAACACUGUAGGCUCCAAGCUGGUGGGGGGAUACUGUUACUUAUUAAUGCUUUUUUAGUGAAUGGUUGGAAUCACAUGAUGCACCACACUUAUUAAUCUUAAGUAACAUUAUUUUAUAGAACUGUUUAAAUGGUGUUAUUUAGAUGAAGUGUGUUCUACUCUGUUCAUUGUCUUAAGCUAAAUAUUUAGGGCUAAAUAGACUUUAUAUAAAUCCUCGUUUCAUGGUAGCUUAAUUCUGUGCUUAUGUGGAUUCUCGUUUAUUGGAUUUUAAACUACAAUUUGAAUGUUGUAGAGGAAUUUAAAUAAUGUAUUAAUGAAGGAUGUUUUCUUGUAAUCACAAACUAGCAUUUGCUCAGGUUUCAUUGCUGUGUAAUAAGGGGUUUUCCUCUAACUUGAAAUUUAAAAACUAUUUCCUUUCCCUUUGGUUGGUAAAACAGUCUAAACUUGGAAUAUUUUAGCAUGGAGUCAACAGUAAAGACUACCAGAUAAUUUUGUAUUGGAGAAGAGAAAAGUAAUGACUAAAUUGUGAAUUUCAGUGCUUUAUAAGGUGCCUUUAGAGUCAGCUUUUGCAUUAUAGGGGCUUGUUACAGUCCAGCUGAGAUGACCACUUACAGUUUAUACAGAUCUCAUAUGUAUAAAUCAAUCUUCUUAGGAUAUUAUUGUAUAUCCUUUGAAUAAACCCUGUGAAGUUUUUCCUCCCCCCCAAAAUGGUGCAUAACAUAAACAUGAUGUGUAGAAUGCAGAUAUCAUUUAUUAGAUAGUUUGUAUAGUAUAUAAAUUUAGAACAUUUCUUUUUGACAAAGGAUAAACUGAUUGCUAAUUUACCAUUUGAUUCCGUCAGGAAUAGGCAAAACACAAUUCUUGGAUAAUCAGAUGCAAAAUCAUUUUUGAACUUAGAGCAGAAUUUAGAAAUAAUACAAAUGGCCAUUUCAACUUUGGCUGAAAAUAAGUAAUACACUUUUUUCUUAAGCAAGUGGUUUUUCACACUUAGCAGUUUGAAAGUCUAGUUUGUUAAUGCACUAUUUCUAGUGAGAAAUUCUUGUUUUUAGAAGCAUGGGAGUGAAAUAGUGUGAAAUGGUGGUGAGUGCUUCUAUCAUAUUACUGUAGGUACUUGGACUGGUGCAAACUUGAUUCCUUUUCAUGCCCCUGUUUAGGAGCUGUUAAAAUAUUACUGUUUAAAUCCCAACCGUUCUUUGUUUCUUAUAAUUAGAAAAAUAGCCAAAUUCACUUUAGAGCUUUUCAACUAUUUAUGAAAAGCUCUCCUGCGCUUAUUGAAAUUCACUAGCAUUGAAUGUGGCAAGAAACCACUUUGUGUUUUGGAUAAAAAAAAAUAUUAUCAUGGUGAAAUUCCACAUUAAUAAUUCUUAUAGGCUUUUAAAAAUGAUUUAUUUUUCAGUUAUGUUUAAUAAAUAUGCAGGGAGGCAGAUCAGAUGAAUGUCUUGUAGCGGACAAAAAUUUUAAAUGGUGUUAGACUUGAAUUCAUCAGUUCAUUGUUUGAAUGAGGGUGGGUGGGUAGAAGGAAAACAAAAUUACUGUUAGUGUUUCUUUUCUUAAGGAAAAAGAUGUGAAUCCCAGCCUUAUUUCAGGGAAGCCUUUGAAGCUAUGAUGGACAUAAGUCUAAAUGUAUGUAUGUUUCAUUAUAUUGCUCUUAAGACUACUGAGGUGGCAGUUUAAUUCUUAAAAACAAUAAAAUGGAAGCAUAAAUACUA